UCUUCCACGCGGCUUUUUCCGUCCGCUCGGGUUUGUAUCAUCGCAAUUAGGGCUUCUCUCCCAUUGAAUUCAGGGAGGAGGAGGGGAGGAGGAGGAAGAAGAGGAAAUCGACGACGAAGUGAUGUGGGCAGCCUCUUGCCUCGCCUCUUGUUGCGCGGCCUGCGCCUGCGAGGCGUGCCGCUCGGUCGCCGGUACCAUCAGCCGCCGAUCCGCGCGCAUCGCCUACUGCGGUCUCUUCGCGCUAUCUCUCGUCGUCUCGUGGAUCCUCCGCGAGGUAGCCGCUCCGCUCUUGGAGUCGAUCCCUUGGAUUAAUCACUUCCACAAGACACCCGAUAGGGAGUGGUUCGAGACCGACGCUGUUCUUCGUGUUAGCUUGGGGAAUUUCUUGUUCUUCACGAUUCUAGCUGUUCUUAUGAUUGGUAUCAAGAAUCAGAAGGAUCCGCGCGACCGACUGCACCAUGGCGGUUGGAUGGCGAAGAUUGUUUGCUGGUGUAUUGUGGUCUUUCUCAUGUUCUUCGUCCCCAAUGGCAUCGUCAGCUUCUAUGAGUCAAUAUCAAAGUUUGGCUCUGGAUUGUUUCUUCUCGUUCAAGUUAUUCUCUUACUGGACUUUGUACACGCAUGGAAUGAAAAUUGGGUUUCGAAGGACGAGCAAUUCUGGUACAUGGCUUUGUUGAUUAUCUCUCUGGUUUGCUACAUUGCAACAUUCUCGUUUACGGGGCUGCUCUUUCACUGGUUCACUCCGUCGGGACAUGAAUGUGGACUCAAUACCUUUUUCAUUGUGCUUACGUUGAUUCUUGUGUUUGUUUUCGCUACGGUGGCAUUGCACCCAAAGGUAAAUGGAAGCUUACUGCCAGCAUCAAUUAUUUCUCUUUACUGCACUUACCUCUGCUAUAGCGGGCUUUCAAGCGAACCGAGGGAUUAUGAGUGCAAUGGCCUUCACAACCAUUCAAAAGCCAUUUCCACUGGAAGUCUCACUCUGGGCUUGCUCACCACUGUGCUAUCGGUCGUUUACUCUGCCGUUCGUGCUGGCUCCUCAACAACCUUUGUAUCAUCCCCAAGUUCUCCUCGUGCUGGAUCCGAGAAACCGCUGCUCCCGUUUGACAAGGUGGAGGAACAGAAAGACAAGAAGGACGAGGCAAAGCCAGUUUCCUACUCGUAUACCUUCUUCCAUCUCAUCUUCUCUCUUGCAAGCAUGUACUCAGCCAUGCUCCUGACCGGCUGGUCCACCUCGGUCGGUGAAAGCGGUAAGCUUGUCGAUGUUGGGUGGCCAUCUGUGUGGGUUAGGAUUGUCACUGGAUGGGCAACAGCAGCUCUCUUCAUCUGGUCCCUCGUUGCCCCUCUCAUAUUCCCGGACAGAGAGUUCUGAUUUCAUCAAAGAACCUCGCCGCCAAUAACGAGUUGCUUUGGUAUGCAUUUGACUAUGCUCAUGUAUAAAUUUGCUUGAAAUUACUGCUACCUACGGGCGUGGUUAGUAUUUUGGGUUGUAAAUGAUCUGACAAUGAUGAACCACUUUAUGCUAUCCACGGACAUGCUUGAAGACAACUACAGUAUUUUUAGUCAAAAUUCUCCUAAUGUUUAUUAGCUUGUUUAA